UAAUUUUCGAAAAAAGCAUAAAAAGAGAGCGAGAGAGCAAUUUUGCCCAAUUCCAAAAGAGAUUUGUGGCCUCACUUGCAUUUAACACCGCACCACCACAUCUCUUUCUCUCUCUAUCGCAUCACCACCGAAGCACAAACACAAAGGUCCCUUCCUCUCCUCUCUCAACUUCCAUGGCGGCAGGACUCUCAACCGCCGUUACAUUCAAACCACUCCUCCGCUCUUUCUCCUCCUCCGACUUCCGUCUCCGCCACCCGAAAUCCGCUUCCUUAUUAUCAUCCCCUCAUCUUCCGUCUCUCCGAUUCAAAGGCUUCUCGGUCUGUUACGUCGUCGAGGAACGGAGACAGAGCUCUAAGAUUGAGAACGACGAGCGGCCAGAGGAGAGCACGAGCUCGACAACCGCCAUAGACGCCGAGUACCUGGCGUUGCGUUUGGCGGAGAAAUUGGAGAGGAAGAAGUCGGAGAGGUUCACUUAUCUAAUCGCUGCUGUGUUGUCUAGCUUCGGUAUCACUUCCAUGGCUGUUAUGGCUGUUUACUACAGAUUCUCUUGGCAAAUGGAGGGAGGUGAGAUCUCAAUGUUGGAGAUGUUUGGUACAUUUGCUCUCUCUGUUGGUGCUGCUGUUGGUAUGGAGUUUUGGGCAAGAUGGGCUCAUAGAGCUUUAUGGCAUGCUUCUCUAUGGAACAUGCAUGAGUCGCAUCACAAACCAAGAGAAGGACCAUUUGAGUUAAACGAUGUGUUCGCUAUAGUAAACGCAGUUCCAGCGAUUGGUCUGCUCUCUUAUGGAUUCUUCAAUAAAGGACUCGUUCCUGGUCUCUUUGGCGCCGGGUUAGGAAUAACGGUGUUUGGAAUCGCAUACAUGUUUGUCCACGAUGGUCUGGUGCACAAGCGCUUCCCUGUAGGUCCAAUAGCCGACGUCCCUUACUUACGAAAAGUCGCCGCCGCUCAUCAGCUACAUCACACGGAUAAAUUCAAUGGUGUACCAUAUGGACUGUUUCUUGGACCCAUGGAACUGGAAGAAGUCGGAGGAAAUGAAGAGUUAGAUAAAGAGAUUAGUCGGAGAAUCAAGUCUUACAAAAAGAGCUUAGGUUCCGGGUCGAGUUCUUGACUAUAAAAAAAAAAAACAAGUCUUAAAUCCCAAUUUUUGUUUUGUCCCUCUGUCAUGAUCAUCUGAAGACGGUCUAUGUUGAUAAAUCAAUCAUAUAUGCAGAUUUUGAUUUUAAUGAAAUAUUUAUUUUAACAGAAAUUAAUCCAAUAAUAAUAAUUAGCCUUGGUGUAAGAAAAGCAA